CUAACUGCUAAAACCUAAAUGAAAUUUGGGCUGUAGCCUGUUCUCAGAAGGUUCAGUUUUACUGCAAAGUUUACAGAAUUAGAGAAAGAAAAAGAAAACAGCCUGACUGGAAUGAAAAUUCAGUUUGCCCAGAUACUAUUUUUAGAAUUCAGUUCAGUAGUUUUCCAGAACUCUUUAUAAAGCUUUGUUCAGUGGGUUUAUCUGUUUAUAUAUUUCUGUUAUGCUGGAACUGGUUUUUUCUGUGUGUGUCAUUUUUAUUUAAAAAAAAAAACUUAUAAGCAAAGACAAUGCAAAUCUUAAAUGCGAUGAAGCAGAAAUCCCUAGCUGGCCACACCUUCUCAUUGGGAAGGAUGUUUUAUUUUAACUGAAGUGGACGACAGUUAAAAGGUGUCAAAAGCAACUAUGUCAAGUAAGAGCUUCCAGGGACUGAAGCAACAGGCAGAAGGUGCAGCAAAAGAUGCUGCAAAUACAUUGGGACAGGCUACUCAGGAUGCAAUCAACCAGGUUGUGGAAACGAGCCAGAAAGCUAUUGAUCAGGCUUGCAAGACAGCUCAAGAUGGUGUAGAAAAAGCAACUGGACAAGCUACAGAAGCAAUGGCUGGCUUGGGGAAAAAUUUUGGAUUUAAGAAAUGAUAAUAACUUAAGCAAACAGUACUGUAUGUAAAAUGCAUCUUUCUUCUGCAGUUCCCUAUGCCUUUGUGUAGAAAAAUUAAAGCUAUUUGAGAUAUGGAUAACUUUCUCUCUAAAUACAUCAUUUUAGGACAGAAUGCCCUCCUUAUCCUUUGUGUAGGAAAAAUAUGUAUUUUAGCACAUCUUGUAUCAUCUGUUCACAAUGUUCUGUUCAAAAUGGAUCAAAAGUUUUCAGCAAUGUUAUUGCCCUGCUCUUUCAAUAACACAAUAAUUAUUGCCACAUUCGUUGAGUAUACUUACAGAAAUACCGAAACUAGUAAUACCCCAGCACACCAGAACACUCACAUUAUGAAACUAAGCUUUCUUCCAGUAAUCCAAAGUUGUCGGUGUUAUAUUUCAUGUCAAUUGUUCAUUUACUCCAAUAUGUUGUGUUUCUAUGUUAAAUAAAAAAUACAGUAAUAUUUCUCCCAUGCCCUCCUGUUGGAUAUAUAUCACCUUGAUAUGUAUUCUUAUUAUUAUAUUGGACUUUCAGUAAAGGAUCUCAUAAGGUCUUGCAA